UUACUGGUGGCGACUGUUGUAAGAUAUGAAGAGUACGCAGUGAAAAGCUAUCAAAUAUAUAAUUGAUGGAAUUUAAGAUAAGCCUAAACGAAAGUGCAGCAGCAGAACUUUUUACUGUUAACGAGCUUAUUAGAAAAAUUCACAAGCGAAAGCGUUCAAACGGACGCAAUUUGGGCGCACAGCACGCCUAAGGUGUUUGCUUGAAAAGUCUGAGUUAGUAUUUUAAAUAAACAAAUAGGUUUAUCACAUAAUUAUGGCGACGCUGACAGCGACGGACGCGGCUAUGCCAACGAAUAAUAGAUACAGCGCCUUCGCUACUGCUUACUCUACGCAUCUCUGGCGGACAGUUGUUAUGUUGUCUGUAGUUAUCGCAUUCCUAAGCCUACAACCCACAACAACAACCACAACAACCCCAUUAAUAACAACAGCAACUACGGCACCACCAAAAAUAGUAGAGCAAAACCCACAUGAGAACGUGAUUUCGCCGAGUGUUUGUAUUGCUGAGAUGAGUUGUUUACAAGGCAAAAUCAUGAUGGGCGUGGAUCACCAACCUUUUGAGGCAUAUCUUGGCAUACCAUACGCUAUGCCGCCAGUGGGAGAGCUGCGUUUUGCGAAUCCCAGAGCUUUUCCACGUUGGCGGGGUUUCCGAGAUGCCAGCGUGCCGAAGCAGGAGUGCGUGCAAAAAAAUUACAUACUACCAGGCUCUAAGGUGGAGGGCGUAGAGGAUUGCUUAUACCUAAAUGUCUAUGUACCAAAACCGAGAACACAGAAAUCACUACCAGUAAUGGUCUAUAUACAUGGCGGUGGUUGGUUUAGUGGCACUGCCAAUCCAAGUUUACAAGGUCCUGAAUAUUUUAUGGCAACCGGUGAAGUCAUCUUAGUGGUGUUUGCCUACAGACUGGGUCCGUUUGGUUUUCUCUCAACCGACGAUGCCAAUAUGCCCGGCAAUUUGGCUUUGAAAGAUCAAAAGCUCGCAUUCCGUUGGAUUCAUGAAAAUAUCGCUGCCUUUGGUGGUGCACCCGAGUUGGUAACGGUGUUUGGACAGAGUGCUGGCGCGAUUUCCGCACAUCUGCAUGUUUUGAGUGGAAAUUCGGAAGGUCUCUUCCAUAAAUUCAUUACAAUGAGUGGCACCGCAAACGUGCCAUUCGCCAUCAAUGACAAGCCACUGCAACAGGUUCUGGACAUGGCGAGAUUUUGCAAUAUCAGCAAUGCCGAAGAGUUGAGCACAGCCGAGCUGGCGCGCGCUUUACGAGCGGUGAGCGCUUACGAUUUAGUGAGCGCGGGUGAUAAUCUAAAAUAUUGGGAUGUUGAUCCAAUGACAAAUUUCCGUCCCAUCGUAGAGAAAAGUGCUGCACGUGAUGCCUUUCUCACCGAGCAUCCAUUGAAAUUGUUAAACGAAGGCAAAUAUAAGCCGUUGCCGUGGUUGGCUGGUGCUGUGCCUGGUGAAGGCGCUGUACGUGUUUUCUCAAUUUUGGCUAACGCAACACUGCGACGACAAUUUAAUGAAAAAUUUUAUGAGUUGCUGGGAAAAUUACUAGAAUUUCCGGAGAAGUUCAAUCGCACUCAAGUGACGGAGAAGACACAACAGGUUAUCGAUGAAUAUUUUGGUGGACAAACGGUCUUAAAUAAUGAUACAGCGCGAGAUUUCCUGGAGUGUAUCAGCGAUCGCGGCUUCCACCAUCCCUACUACAAUGCCAUACGCACAUAUGUGAAUACAAUGGAUGUCAAAAAGUAUCCCGUCUAUUUGUAUAAAUUCAAUUAUGAAGGACGUCACGGCUUCACGAAUCUCUACACCAGUAACGUGAAUAUCGGUAAAUUCGGUGUGGUCCAUUGUGAUGAUUUAAUUUACGCCUUCCGUGCGCCAUUGAUAUUUGGUGAUUUUGAGCCGGGCUCAUCGGAUGCCGCUGCAUCGAAGUUAUUUGUGGAUAAUUUCAUAUCCUUUGCGAAAUAUGGAAAACCGUUGAGUGAAUUCACGCCCAGGCCAUGUAAUGCCACAGCAUUUGCUCCUUCGGCUGAGUCGCAGUCAAUCUGUGAUUACUUGGAAUUCAUGCAUUACGGCACGGAUGGCUUCACAAUUGGCAUAAAUAAUAAAUUCAACGUAAGACGUGCUGAGUUUUGGAAUAAGAUUUUAGAAAUAGUUUAGGAGAAAUUUGACUGAUGUGUGGGGAGAUUCCAAAAUGUUGGAGAUAUUCGACAAAUUUUCAUGCAAUCCAAUUUGGAAGCACAUUUUAUGUGCAUAACACUCACAUGCGCUGAGAUUUUAAGCAAAUUAUUUUUAAUUGUGUAUUCACCUGUUGUAGAGGUCUUCAAUUCAUAGUGCAUUUACAUAUACAUAUAAUAUAGAUAACUAGGAUUUAGCUUUUAGAUUUGUUAAUGACCAUGAGUGUGUGUACUAUUGUGCUCGGUGAUUUUUAUAUUUAAAUGUUAUACUUUUUAUACAACAAUUUUUAUGUGCGACUGACAAAAUUAUGCUGAAUAUAUGUAGUUGUAGGUCAUUGCAUUGCAAUAAGGAUGAUGCUAUUAAUA